UUCCUCUAUUUUAUUUUUUGAUCGAAAAUAUUUUUCUCUAUUUUUUUUACAAAAUAAAAAUACGUUUUAUGGGAAUGCGAGUCACGUUGGCGACCUUGCCCGUUCCUGCCUACAUAACAAAAACAGUCUCGUAUCGGCAACGAACAAACAAGUUCAUUCGUAAGCCAAAGCCAAUUCCCGUAGAUACUUCUUCUUGCUCGGUUUCUCUAAUUUUGGUGUAAUAAUGGCGAACACUGAGUUGAAAUCUGAUAAUUUGUUUGAGAUGAUGAAGAUAUACUUGGCUAGUGAUGCUGGUAAAGAGCUCACCAAGAAGAUCGGCCUCGUUUACCAAAUUAAUAUUGCCCCCAAGAAAAUUGGGUUUGACGAGGUUUCUUACGUUGUUGAUCUCAAGAAAGGAGAAGUUACCAAAGGUAAAUAUGAAGGCGGAGAGGCCGAUGCUACGUUUUCCUUUAAGGAUGAUUUUAUAAAGGUUGCCGCUGGGAAGAUGAAUCCCCAGAUUGCUUUUGUGAGGGGUGUAAUGAAGAUUAAGCGGAGCUUGAAUGCAGCUCAGAAAUUCAGUCUUGACAUUUUCGCGAAGCCUGCAAAGAUGUGAGCAGAGAUGCUAAUGUACUAUCGUAUUAGGUUCUUUGGUUGCAAAAGUUAAGUUU